AUAAGAAGCACCGUUAAAUUACCUUUCUUUAAUAUCUAAUAAAAUUUAGUAUUUAGUGAUAUCAAGUGCUUCAUUUUUUUUUUUAAUAAUUUAAAGUGAUAUUAAUUUUUGUUUUUUAUUUAUAAAAUCCAAGAACUAAAAGAUUAAAUAACUGAAAAUAUUGCUAUUUGUAAGAUUGCAAAGAAGUGUCUAAACAAACCAGAAAAUUAGACAGGUAACUUAUAGCUAAACAGCUUUGGGUAAAUAUGGUUAAUGAUCCUAAAAUGGAUAGAAAUAAGAAAACACACGCCCAGACAAACCAAGGACAAUCCGAUGAAGAUCGGGUGGAAGAAAUUGAAAUCAUAACUCGCCACGGCAUCUACAAUAAGGUCUACGAAAUGGCAGAGAAGUUUGCAUCAACUUACGUGGGUCAGUUCGCCAUUGAUCGUGGCGAUCGGUUAUUAAAGACGGUGGAAGAAACUGCAAAGUGGAGUUUGCCACAUAACAAAUCUGAUGCAAAACUUGAGCGUCCUUUGUCAUGGUUUCCUUUCUUGUCACUUAUAAUCACUCUGCGUUUGACACGCAUGUGGCUAUCGAUAGCAGCUUUAAUGAUUGGAAAUUCUCCAGUGACACCGCAAAACAUGGUUUACUUUAUACAAACAAGACGUCGCAAGUUGAGGGCUAUUCGCAUGCAUGGCAUAAAAGCGAUACGUAAGCGGGAAAUGGAGGCAAAUGCUAUGAAGUCGGGUCAAGGAAGAAGAGGCAUCAUGUUUAAGCUGAGAAAUUUAUUAUCUAGCGCUAUUUGCCGUCCAGGGCAGCAUAACGAGCGUGCCAGACGUAUUUAUGUGCAGUAUGGCAGGAAGAAUUCGGUAGAAGAUUCCAAACCUGAAACGCAACAAGCCGUGAAACGUCCUAGAGAGGAAUGCAAUGAACAAAACGAAGAAAAACCCGAACUAAAUCUUACUUGCAGUGAGUUACUCGAUAAAUAUGCGAAUGAAAAUUCGGAUGAUGAUUCAGACUUUAUUCCAAAUCCAAACGAGGAUGCGGAUGACUCAACUUCUAGUAGCGCGGAAGGCACAUCAGGUGAAACUGAAGUUGAAUCGAAUGCGGAUCAACAUACUAAUGGAAACUCGAAGAACAUAGAAACCGAAAAGAAUGAGGGUGACAACUUAAAUAUAGAAUUUUUGCAAAACGGUGCAAAAGAACAUGAUAUGCCAAAGCCCAUAAUUGAUAUAAAGAGCGAGCCUCACUCAGAAGGCGAUCAAGUGAUUACACAGAAGGAAGCGAAUGGACCCAGUAAUGGCGAGGAAAAACAGGAUGUGGAUGUCGUUAAGAAAGUAAAUAUUGCCAUUAAUAAUAAUAAAAUUUUGCAAUUGUCAUCCAACUCUAAACACCACCAACGCGAACCUGAAAGUGCCGAUGUAGCG